CUGCAAAGUUUUACAAAAUGGAAGAUGGUUAGUGCCGGUGUUUCGUGUCGGACUGUCAAGACCAGUGUUCGAAGAAGACACCGCAGAGCUUUCAAAAGGAAUUUAAACCGGCGUUCUCGCAGAAAACGAAGUUUGUUGAGUAUUUGAUAUUACCGACAUGGAGUGGACGCCGGUUUCGUCUACAGCAACAGAGGUCGCUGAGUGGCACAAACAGGAACAAGUUGCUUAUUGGAAAUCGCGCGCUUUGAGUCUUGAAUACGAAAAUAAAAUGUUGAUUAGACACCUUCGAAACGUUUAUGCUAAACAAACAGAGGAUUAUGCGAAUUAUCUAAAGGACCAAGGGCAGAUUGAAGAUGUUGCCGUGGAAACAGACACAAGGCAUGUCCCAUUGGUUGAACCCGUUGGUAAAAAAAGGCGGGAAGAAAUGGACAAGUUGUAUGGAAAAAAGGCGUCGAAGAUCAUGGGAAUGGAGACUGCUGUUCAGUUAAAUUACGACCUGCAUUUAGAGGACGCUGGGAAGCUGGCUCAUUGGCCCCACACUCCCUUAAAUCUAAGAUUUGAUAAUUAGCUGAUUGAUUAAAUAAAGCUUGGUAUUAAUCUUG